UGCGUUGUAAAAGUGAAACGUUGAAACAUUUAGCGCAAUAUGUGAAUCACUGGCUCACAACGUUGUGAUCAGCUUAAAAUGGCUGCAAGUUUAGGAAGCAGAGCUCCGUCAAAGCGGCAUAAAUGGUCCUUUGCUUUUUCUCAGAGACGAGCUGAUAGAGUGACGGAGCUGGCUUCACCUCCAGGCUUUAGUUCAUCCCUUGGACAAGGGCACAGUGAAGCUAGUCGUGAGACAGAAGCAAACCUUAUCGUGAAGAAAUCCUGGGAUGUAGCUUUGGCUCCAUGGAAGCAGGUGCCUAUGAACCUUUUCAUUAUGUACAUGGCUGGAAAUUCUAUCUCAAUCUUCCCGAUCAUGAUGGUGGGAAUGUUGUUCUUGAGACCUGUCAAAGCUCUCUUAACAAUUCAGUCAACAUUCAAGAUGAUUGAAGGAGGCCAAGCUAUUCUUCAGAAAAUAGUUUAUCUUUUUGGUAACCUGGCAUGUUUGGCCUUAGCUCUUUAUAAAUGUUCAUCAAUGGGCCUAUUGCCAACACACGCAUCUGACUGGUUGGAUUUUGUAGAGCCUCUCCAAUUACUCUUUCAGGUUGAAGUCAUGCUUAGCACUACCUUUUCUAGGCUCUUGAGGGCCUGGCCUUUCAUUUGAUGCAAAUAAACAACUGAAAAUUUUCGUAGGAUUGAACAUUCAGGAGGGGGCAUCAUAUUGUCAUGAACCAACGAACUUGGCCAUGAAGCUGAUCGAAGUUGUAAACAAAGUGCACAUGCCAGGACUGAAUGUCUGUUUUGUACUGUUCACUUUUCCUGUGUGCAUGUGCUUCAACAGUAUGCAUCCCACAUCUUAUGCACAUACAUCAGCACUUUUGCAGCACUUUUUGUAGCUUCUGUAAAACUUUAUAUACACACAAGCAGGUCUCUCACCGAUGAUGCUGCAUAGGCCUGGCCUUUUAAAAGCCUGAAAAAUAGCAACUUUCUGUAAUAAUUAUGGUGUGCUGAUUUUUUUUUUCCAUGCACAUUCUACGAAUUGAUAUGCAGAGGAAGUAACUUUGCACAGCUUUCGCUGUUGCAUUUUUAACAGGAGCUAUGUAUCGAGCUUUUUCUCAUUUGUAGUCCCGAGACUUUGUACAGAUGAGCACUGCAAGUAAUGACAUCGUAAUAAGGAGCUUGCUAUGUAAUGUGCAGCUCUGUUUUAGUGCAAUUUGCUUAACAUUGAAUUUAUGAGACAUCGAGUAAAAAAAAUAUUGAUGCAUGUUAUUAUUCACUUGAUUUACUAUUUUGCCUUGUAUAGCCAAUGAUGCCAAGCAUGUGGUUUUUUAGAAAAUGCUUGUUGUUGAAGAGACAGUAGAGGACACUAUAGCAAUGUGUAUAUCUAUGUUGAUUAAGGAUGUACAAAUCAAUGUGCUAGUUUUCCAAGGACUUGAAAGAGGUUGUACACAGUUUGUCAUGUAAUUGCGGAAGGCUUGGCACACAGACACCUGCAGCU